AUAUGUAUCCUCCCACACUACCACCUCAUUCAUUGCCCAAUUCAACUUUGCCUCCCCGAUCGCCUCGUCACGUGUGAUUUCGGAUCGGAGGUCAAUUUGAGCAUAUUUAUUGCCAGCAGGUUUUCCUUGGGAUCCAUCGUUGUGUUGCGAUUUGAAUUGUGUGUGUGUGUAUCUUUUUCAGAGAGGGUUUAGGGAAAUAUGGCGACCGUGCAGCUUAACGCGCACACUGUGGUGACGGGAUUUGGAAGCAGCCAUGUAGAGACUUUAAGGGGUAAGGAUGCCGUGACACAGCGCAUGCCGAGCUUCGAAGCUAGGAGGUUUAUGGGUGGGAAGACCCUGCAAUGGAGUGUGAAGCGUGGGGAGAGCAAGGUAGGAUUGCGAUCGGAGAAUCGGGGUGUGAAGGCGUACACGAAGCCUGCAAGCGCUGUGACCCCUCAGGUUGCUACGGGACCGAAGUCGUUGGAAGCCGCAAAGGAACCUCCUAUGCACCUGUUCAAGAACAAGGAGCCUUUCAUUGGGACUAUCAAGUCGGUGGAGCGGAUCGUCGGGCCGAAGGCGCCGGGAGAGACCUGCCACAUCGUGAUCGAUCACGAGGGGAAUGUGCCUUACUGGGAGGGGCAGAGUUAUGGGAUUAUUCCGCCAGGCGAGAAUCCUAAAAAGCCUGGACAACCCAAUUCAGUCCGCUUAUAUUCCAUAGCUUCGACGAGGUAUGGAGAUGAUUUCGAUGGUAGGACGGCGAGUUUCUGUGUUCGGAGGGCUGUGUACUGGGAUCCCGAAACAGGGAAGGAGGACCCUGCGAAGAAGGGAAUUUGCAGUAAUUUUUUGUGCGACUCCAAGCCUGGAGACAAGGUCCAAAUUGUUGGGCCUUCGGGUAAAGUCUUGUUGUUGCCAGAGGAGGACCCCAGUGCCACCCACAUCAUGGUGGCCACCGGAACUGGCAUUGCACCGUACAGAGGCUAUUUGCGGAGGAUGUUCAUGGAGGACACAGAGUUUAAAUUCAACGGCCUGGCUUGGCUCUUCAUGGGAGUUGCUAACACGGACAGUCUACUCUACCACGACGAGUUCAACACCUACUUGAAAGAAUACCCAGAUAACUUCCGUUACGAUAUUGCGUUGAGUCGGGAGCAGAAGAAUUCCCGCGGCGGAAAGCUGUAUGUUCAGGACAAGAUGGAGGAGUACAGCGAGGAGUUGUUCGACAAGCUGGACAAGGGCGCACAUAUUUACUUCUGUGGACUUAGGGGUAUGAUGCCGGGUAUCCAAGACAUGCUCAAGAGAGUUGCGGAGUCCAGGGGCGAGAGCUGGGAGACGAAGUUGGCCGCCUUGAAGAAAAACAAGCAGUGGCACGUGGAGGUUUAUUAAAUUAUGCCUCUUGGAACCUUCUUCUGAGUGUUUUUUUUUGGUCGGUUGUAGAUAAAACUAACUCCAAAUUUAUUUGGUAACAAGGCAAACCUCAUGAUAACAGUUACUUGUCGUUCUCUCCUAAGCUCUGUGUCCAAAUUAUUCUGGUUUAGAAGUUCCCCUCAAUGUAUCGGAGUUUUUACGGUCACAGGUAGAUAACAGGUUCACGCCUCCACUAGGUGAGUCGUCAUGUUAUGUCUUGCCUCAGGCUCCAAGAAAUACGUGCAUUUUCUCCCGUUUUUUAUCUAAUUUAUUAGGGAACACGUUGAAACAGCCAUACUGUCAAGAUAGUGCAACAUUUUCGGUGGAUACAGAUUUUGUUCAGAUUGUUCAUGUUUGUCUUUAAGGAAUCUCACAGUUAGUACCUCACACGUUGAGAUUUCGUUAGAGCUGGUACACAGUUUGUGGUGGGGCUGACCAGUGUACUGUGCAAGUGUUGCACCGACGUGUAUCUCUUCGCUUCUGCUUUUGACCUGAUAAUACAAAUUGGAUACGAUGGCAUCCAAACACCCUGUGCCUUGGAACCAUUAUACUGACCUGUUAAUUAAUUAUA